CCUCAGUCUGGAUCAGACCAAAGUUUAGAGAGUGUGUGAGGUAGUGCUUCACUUAAAGCUCUGUCCCUCUAGGGGAGAAGAGCCUAUGUAAAUCAAAGGGAUUUUAUUUAUUUAUUACUUUUGUUUUUCUCUCUCUGUGGAUUACUUGGAGCAGGAUUUUAAAAAAGGAUUUCAAACAACAAAGAAAAACAACGGACACUGUGUUUUUACUGAAAGCUAUGGUGGCUUACGAUGAAGUGGGAACCUUGGUGCCUAUCAAACGGACUCUGCAAGUGAUAGACUACCAGAACCAAGUCCACAAGGAGUUAGAGGAACCCAGCAACAAGCGUGUCCGUUCUCUCGGCAGGGUGACGUCGUUAGCCAACCUCAUCUCUCCGGUGAAGAAUGGGGCCGUCCGGCGCUUCGGCCAAACCAUCCAGGCCUCCUUCCGGAGUGAUGGCAAGACGCCGGCCGUGCCCCAGAAGCCUUGCAGCAAGGCGGCGGCCCCUACGCCGCCGAAAAGGAGAAAUAGCACAUUGUGGUCGGAGACUCUUGAUGUGCACCAGAAGGAAACCUUAACCACCAAAGAGAUUAAGCGGCAGGAGGCCAUAUUUGAGCUGUCUCGUGGAGAACAGGACCUGAUUGAGGACCUCCAACUUGCACGCAAGGCAUAUCAUGACCCAAUGCUGAAGCUCUCGAUAAUGUCUGAAGAGGAGCUCUCGCAUAUUUUCGGCAACCUGGACGCCUACAUCCCUCUGCACGAGGACUUGCUGGCCCAGCUCUCCAAAGCGACAGGUUCUAACGGAACCGUGGGUCAGAUCGGUCAGAUUGUCGUCAACUGGCUACCCAGGCUGGAUGCCUACAAGGAGUACUGCAGCAACCAGCUGGCCGCCAAGGCCCUGCUGGACCAGAAGAAGCAAGACCGGCGGGUACAGGACUUCCUGCAACGCUGCCUUGAAUCGCCCUUCAGCCGGAAGCUGGACCUCUGGAGCUUCCUGGACAUCCCUCGCUCUCGUCUAGUCAAGUACCCUCUGCUUCUCAGAGAAAUCUUAAGACACACUCCACCCGAGCAUCCGGACGCCACCAGCUUGGAACAAGCUGUCACCAUCAUCCAAGGGGUGCUGUCUGAUAUCAACAUGAAGAAGGGCGAAUCAGAGUGCUUGUACUACAUCGAUAAGCUGGAGUAUCUGGAUGACCGGCAGAGAGAUCCCCGCCUCGAACAGUGCAAAAGCCUGCUGUGUCACGGCGAGCUUCGCAACAAGAGCGGCACGAAGCUGCACGUGUUCCUUUUCACCGAGCUGCUGAUCUUGACCCGCUCGGUUACCCGAAACGAACGCCAGUGUUUCCAAGUGUACCGGCAGCCCAUUCCUGUGCGAGAUCUGGUGUUGGACGACCUACAAGACGGUGACGUCAGGAUGGGCGGGUCGUUCAGAGGUGCCUUUAGUAACGCAGAUAAAGCCAAGAACAUUUUCCGCGUACGCGCCCAAGAUCCCAGCCAGGCGCAGUCCCACACGCUCCAGGUCAACGACGUCUUCCACAAACAGCAGUGGCUCAACUGCCUGCGCAGCGCCAUUUCCGUCCAGCGGCCACACGGCGAGCCAGCUUUACUGCCGCCGACAGACGUUCGCUCCAAGCGCCGCCCGUCUUCAGUCUCCGCCAUCGUCCACAUGGAGGAGACGGACGAAAACUGCCCACAGCGCGCCACCCAGUCCGCCCCCGCCUCGCCUUGCGGCACUGCCUCCCCAUCCCCUUCCGACUCGCCGACAUCCUCCACAUCAUCGUCCCCCGUCCCCCUACCGGUGUCCCACAAGACCAAAAAGGACAAGAAGUCCCUUUAUUCAUUAGGGAAGAGAAAAGAGACCAUGGUGUAAAGUGGAAGGAGAAAACAGACUCAUUUUGUGUACAUAAAGACGGGAAAACGUGGGACUUGUAUUUAUGUGUGUCAAUGUGCGCGCGUACCCUCACAACAGUGUUCUAUGUUACUGUCCAAGUUGGCAGCUGUUUACCUCACCCCUCCAUCCCAAAGACCAGGGUUUCCCAAACAGCAUAUUUCACAAAAACAUACAGAAAUAGUACAUCAAAUUGCUUUUUGUUUUUAAAAAAAAUCAUUUGCUCACCAUAAAAAAGGUCCCAUUUUGGGUCUCACUCCUUAGUUUUGGGAAACCCUCCAUAAAUAAAGAAAAAGGGAAGAAUGUUUACUAUUAAUUUGAUAUUUAAGCAUUUGUUUCUUCUGUAUAAGAAGAGGGUGGUAGUUUUACAUUUUUAUAUUCUUAUGUGGUAUUGUUUUUAUUAUUAUAAAAGGAGCACUGUUUUAGCUUUUAGGUGGCGCAUGUGUUUUAGGUAAGACAGGAAGAUAAAUUAAUUAAAAUGUAUCGCAUAAGUUACGAGUGAACAAGACGUCUUAUUUUUAUACAUUCCUUGAACUGAAUGCUAGGAUGCGGUUGCCGGUUUAUUUUGGCAUCGAUGUCGAGGAUGUUUUGAAACCAAUUUUUGAACUGAGCCACAUUUGGUUUCGAAGGAGUCUUUUUUUUUUUCUUUUUUUUUCUGGUGUGGCAUCUUUCAUGGACUCAAAGUUAUGGACACUAAUUUACACCGGAGAAACAACGUUACGGAACUGCGUGAAGGAGAAUGAAGAAGAGGAUGUUGUUGAAGAGAACAGACUGUUUCGAAUUGAAAAGAAAGAAAAUGUUGGAUGAUCGUAGUUGGAAAAAGUACGUAGGGGAAGUUGGAAAAAGAAGGUUUUUGCAUGUCGAGAUUGGAAAACGAAAGAGGAAAAAGUUGUACUUGCCAUUAACUUUAAUUAAGUAUAACAACAAUAAAGAUCUGUGUAAGAUUCGCAUCUGAA